UUGCGUACUGUUAUGUGUUGCACUUUGGUCCUGGAGGAAGGACAUUUAUGCAGAGUGAAGCUAAACAGAGUCUGCCAGUAGUAGUGUUAACCGGAUUAACUGAGACCGGUAACAAGAAAUUAGAUCUUUAUUUCCCCCCAAUAAAGCAACACCUGUUGGAAUAUAACUAAUGACUAUGUAAGAAAUGUUUCAAUAGGUGGCGCUAUUAGCACUGAUACACACAGUGUGGAAUAACAGAAGCAGUUCUCACGGUCAAUCUGAUUGGCUGAGAGAAAAACCCGGCAGAAACAACGAGAAGCUGGAUUUAUACAUCCUCCGGCUGAGGUCCGUGGAAUUUGUUUUCGGUCGGUUGAAACUGUUUAUAAGGCUGAAAAUAGCACAGCGUGAUUACAUUGUGAGCUUGUGUUGCUUUUUAUGCUUACCUCACCUGAGCGAAUCGUGCUUAGCACAGGAUUUAAUAGCUAGCAAGCUACAAAGCAGCAGCAGAAGGUUUAUUUAGUUUCCUACUCGUUUACCGAAAACCCCCCGCCUUUUGCACGUGCACUCCCAAGAAGACAGCUGAUUGGACAAAUAACCUGUUGGCGGGACGAUUCUGGCCAAGCCUAGCACGGGUGACCGAAUACAGGUGGGAAAAUAAAGAAGAACGGUAGGACUCGGAUAACAGGAAGUUUUAAUCAGAGAGUCCAUGCAUGAUGUAUGAUCCAUCAGAAAACGGUCUGUUUGGUGUGUCUGACUAUGACCAGAUAGAGGACGAGUCCUUUCCCCCUCUCCCACCACCGCUGUCCCCUGGAGAGGGCAACUUCGAUGAGGAGCCUGCGGCCAGCGGAGAGGGUGAAGAGGGAGAACUGUCCAAGCUACCUGAUGUUCCUGUAGCUAAAAGGCGAACAGUUAAGAGACCCCAGCCUAAACUAAACUCUCAGAGGUUGCUAUCUGAACGAGGACUUCCUGCCUUACGUACAUUAUUCACUGAUGUCAAGUUUAAAGGCAAAGGCCAUGAGGCUGAGGAUCUUAAGGUUCUGAUGCGGAAAAUGGAGAACUGGGCUCACAGACUUUAUCCAAAACUACAGUUUGAGGACUUCAUUGACAAACUGGAGGCUCUAGGAGGCAAGAAAGACGUACAGACGUGUCUCAAGCGAAUCCGACUGGACAUGCCUCUGACCCACGAGGAUUUCACUGGAAAUGAUGGCGAUGAAGCAGAGGUCCGCUUCCAGGAAGAUGCAGACCCGUUUGAAGAUCGAAGCUUCUCUGAAGAUCCGUUUAUCCACUCCACUCCUGCUCCGCUCUCUCUUACGGAGGAACAGCAGCAGCGCAUCGAGCGCAAUAAACAGCUGGCCCUGGAGAGAAGGCUGGCUCGACAAAAACAGCUAGAGUCGUCACAGUCAGCGUUCCCAGAUGAACCUGCUGCAAGUCCCACAGCACAUCACCUCAGCCAAGACGAGCAAAAAGAACUGGAUCAAACCACAGGAAACACUGACACACCUUUAAAUCAGGAUCCUGUGGAGUCUCAGAGCUCCACUCAGUAUAACAAAUGUGACAGUCCAGUUCCAGAGAUAACAAAUGGCAGAGAUAAUGAAAGCGACUGAUCAGUUUUACUUU